AUGGCGGCGGUGAACUUCAGCAAGCUAAUGUCGCCCGCCGACUUCACGAAAAAAAUGGGGGUUGCCCGCUUGGUCCCCGGAAAGAAUCCUGACCUGCACGUCCACAAGGACCUCACGCUGCGGGACCCGAUCUCGGGUACCAUGUGUGGGUGUGGAGUUUGCGAGCUCUUUGACGCCUACCAUGGCGUAAGGAAACGGCGGGAGAUCAACCGUGUCAGGUUGCAAGAUGGUGUUCAAGUGGGUAAGCUUCCAAAAGUACACGAACCCCUUUUGUACGACAGCGGUCGAGAAUUCGGUAACCAGGCGACGGAUAUUACCGUCUUGGGGCCUGAGGUUAUCAAGAUGCUUGACGACGCCCGGAGGGACCCUUCGAAGGACCAGGCGGUGGUGCAGGACCGCCUCGUCCAGCGCGAUACGGUUCGACUUGGCCAGGCACAACAGGCCAGGCGCAACGAUACCGCGCAUGAAGGUCUUCGUGACGCCAUCGCCAGGGUGAACGCGAACCCAGAAACCGCCGCUUCGGUUCUUGGUUUCACUCGGAACAAAAGCACCGGCGCGAAGCGGACGGCCGAGGCUCCUCCGGCCGACCCGCAGGAGCGCCUCAAGUUCGCUGCGCAGCCUCGCGGUGCCAUCCUACUGCCAGACCCUCGGCACACCUUGGGCGCAGUUGAAGCUGCCAGCAUGCAGCGAAUCAUGGCUUCGAAGCACGCAGCCGGGGGGCGCGCCGGAGCUUCAAACUUCUGUACUAGCUCUAAGGCUCCCUUACAGGAGCUCAGCAACCGCGCCGAGCCGUCUGGCCUAGGCAAAGUUAAAGGAGCAGUCAAGAUCGAGUCCAACAGCCCUCCGAGGUCUAGCACCGUCCUUCCUCCUGUUGUUGUCGACCUCACGUCCCCAACUGUUGUAAACAACAACACUGGCGGCGCAGGCGGCUAUGGAUUCUUCGGCGCUUCCGGGCCAGACAUGCCCCGUGUCAUGUCCGCAAGCGGAAUCGCCGCUGCCAAACGGGCUGAAGGUGGCUCGAUAACGACAAAGAUUGGGAGGGGGAGCAGGCGUGCCGAGAUGGAGGACACGCACGAGGCUGCGAUCCACGCCGGGAUCACCGGCCCUUCUGGACCUGUCCCGGCUGCUCCGAAAUUGCGUGUGCACACCAUCGAGGAGAUGUUAGUUCUCCUGGUACAUGACGAUGAGCUGAGCCACGCUUCACGAAACAACCUCGAGGGCAGCCUCUACGAGGCCCUCGGCAAAUGCGAGGACGAUGACUGGGACGAGUUGAGUCCUGGCGUCAUCGACCUGCUUGAGAACGCACAGGAAAACAUCACGCACCGUGCCCUGCGCCUUCUGGUGCGCGGCAUAUUGAUGAACGUGAACGACCUCGACAACGACGACGACGACGACGAUGAGGAGGACGGCGCUUAUAACUUCGACGAGUUCAAGGAGGCGUUUGAACUCGGGAGAGCUACGGGCGCCCAGCUGUUUGACUCGUCGGGAGAGACAUUGGAGGAUGACUCUUUCGACUCGAGUUACUGA